AUGUCCCCCGUGCCCCCUUCUCAUUUGCGGUGGGACCAGGCUCCCAGCCAGAACAGGAGGCAUCGGCGAGGGGUGGCAGGGGAUGCUCCCUCGUGGCUCUCUGAUGAUGACCUCCAGAAGAUGAGACUGCUGGCCAGCGGGCAGGUGAUCUCCAAAACCCGCAUCCCGGCCCACGGACAAGUCCUACGAGUGGGUCUGCAGGCUGUGGGAGAUGCCGAGGGGGACACCUUGCCAGCUGGCCCAGAGGAGGACUGCCAGGAUGGGAGAUGUGGGCUCAUCAAGCGUCCUGGGGACCUCUACGAGGUGCUGGCCUUCCACCUGGACAGGGUGUUGGGGCUGAACCGCAGCCUGCCUGCAGUGGCCCGGCGCUUCACCAGCCACCUCCUGCCCUACAGCUAUACUGAUGGCUCCCCACGACCCAUCAUCUGGUGGGCACCUGACCUCCAGCACCUGGAGGAUACCAAUAACGACCAGAACUCCUGUGCCCUGGGCUGGCUGCAGUACCAGGAGAUGCUGCAGCCCCAUGGACCAAUGUGGGUGGCUGGGGACACUCCCUGCUCCAGCAUCCCACGUGGUGAAUGGAGCCGCUUGGCCCUCUUCGACUUUCUCCUCCAGGUUCACGAUCGCCUGGACCGCUACUGCUGUGGGUUUCAGCCUGAUCCCUCUGAGCCCUGUGUGGAGGAGAUGCUCCAUGAGAAGUGCCGAAACCCGGCAGAGUUGGUCCUGGUCCAUAUCCUGGUCCGGAGGAGCAUGCCGUCCCGCCUGGUGUUCAUUGACAACGCAGGCAAACCACAGCACCCUGAGGAAAAGCUCAACUUCAGGCUCCUGCAAGGCAUAGACAGCUUCCCGGCAGCAGCGGUGUCCAGGCUGCGGUCGGGCAGGUUGCAGAGCCUUCUGCUGGAGUCACUGCACCUGGAUCAGGAGCUAUGGGACAGCCAAGGUGGCACCAAGGGCCUGAGGCCCCUGCUUCAGACAAUUGACAGGCGGGCACAAGUCCUGCUGCAGUACAUCCAGGAGCACAACCUGACCGUGUUCAGGGACUCGCUGAGCUGA